AUGUUUGACAUUUUCGCUAAGAUAUAUUUCCUGGUAAUUGCAAUUUGCCUCAAUUACGGUGCAUCAAAAAUUUUGAAGAAGUCUCCGGCACGCAGUACCAGCAACGCAGACCUUCAGCUUCUUGCCGGCACUGCCUAUGAUUACGAUUAUUUUGCACCAGAGGCGCGCAGAGCGCCAAGUCGCUAUCAGAAAGCCAGUCCAACCACAACUGAGCGACCAUUUAUACGAUAUUGGAAUAACUUCGUACGCAAUAUACGCCUGCCUGUGCCAAGCAUUAGCUGGAAUAUGACCAAUCCGUUAGUGAAUCUCUUCAACGCUGGUGCCACAAAUGUUAUUGACUCGCCAGUAGGUAACUACAACCGCAGACGGACGAAGCGUAAACGCAGUAAAAGCACACGAAAACAAACCAAAAAACGCAAGCAUACACCUACAAUUUAUGAGGGAGAAGAGAAUGACACCUAUCAGACAUCUGGUGGUUAUGGUGGUUACGAAGAACCUUUUACUGUCAAAUUUGACCCGCGUAAAACACUGUACUUUUACGAUGCGAGCACUGGUCAAUAUUACAAUAUACGAAAAACUCAAACACAGUACUUAAAUAUUUACGCUCCUAACGAGCAGCAGCAGCAACAGCUGGAUGAGGUAGAAGAGCAGGAAGAGGAGGAAGUAGAGGAGCCAGAUAUACAGGCGGAAUCAAUAGCACCACAAAUCGAGCCACCGACUAUGGAAACGGGUAACGAAAGCACUGAAUUCAGCCAUGAACCGAUGGAGCAAAUCAACGAGCAACCCAUUCUGUCUGACUCCCAAGAAGUUCAAGAUUCUGCAGAAGUGGAGAUCAUACCACCGGAAGUUGAAAAUAUCGAUGAAUCUGAAGAGCAAACUCUAGUUGGACAGCCAUUUGAUGAUAUUCAACUAAGUAAACAGCAAAAUGCUAAAAAUGUGGAAAUGCUGCGUAAUUCAAUAGGGACUUACAUGUCAGACGAUCGCCUCAAUAGAAUGCGCCAGCGGACGAGUACAAAGCACAAGCCAAAAGCAGUGCGCAGCAGAGUCAAAUCGCAGCCUAGGACAAAAUUAACCUAUUAUGUUUUACAACGGAUUUAA